AUGGAAUUUAAAGUUGAAGCUAAGGAAGAGUUUGUUGAAUGUAACCAAAAAUAUAUAGAGAGUCAGUCAAUAGAUGUGGAACACUUAAAAAAUGAACCAGAUGAAUGUAACUCAGCAAUGGAAGUAAAACCUGAAAUUAAGAAAGAAUUUGCUCAAACUACCCAAGAAUAUAUAGAGAGUCAGCUAUCUACAUCCAUAGACCUCGGAGAGUUAAAGAAUGAAAAUGAAGUUAAUUCGGCAAUCGGACAAAGAGCUAAAAUUAAGGAUGAGUUUGUUGAAAAUGGCCAAGGAGACAUAGAGAAUCAGCAAUUUACAUCCCUAGAUCCUGAACACUUGAAUAAUGAAUCAAAAGAGGAUAACUCAGGUGAGAGAAAUAAUAAAAAUAUAGAUGUAGAAGGAACUUACUUUUAUAGCUUUCAUUGA